UUCUUACUUAAUGUUUUCCCUUCCUUGCUUAGUGAUGCGUGAGAAUAAUAUGCAGACAAUUGCCAAGAUGACCUUGUUGAUUGGCUUGGAUGGAAAGCCACAAUAGUUUACUACAUCUCAUUGUUCUUACAACGACUUCGAUAUUUCAAAGCGAGACCUACCCAGUGGGCCACCCAUCGAGAGCUAACCAGCUAACCAUUUCUCGAAACAAUCUCCAUUAAACAUCAAUCCAUAUUAUAAGCCAAUAUGAAGGCCGCUAUCGCUAUUCCUGUCACCCUGGCGAUGGUGUAUCGAGCUGGAUCGCACAAGAGUUUAACUCCUGGAGGUAUCGUUGCAGCCGUAAUUACAGCAGCCGCACAUGCUUUACAUCCAUGGAAUCUACCUUUUGCCCUUUUGAUAAUCUUCUAUCUCAUUGGUACAAGAGUUACCAAGGUUUGUUCAACUUCCCGUACCGUCAUUUGCUAUUCUGACGGUUACAGGUUAAACACGAUGCUAAGGCCAAACUGACAAUGCAAUCUACCGGCAGUGCUGGAGGGGAAGGUGCUCGUACUCAUAUGCAAGGUAGGAUAUUAUUUCCUUAUUUGAAUGCCAGAACUAAUUCCUUUAGUCCUCGCGAACUCUGUCGUCGCCUCCGUUCUUACACUCAUGCACGCCUAUCAACUAUACAAACGAGAAAAUGAGCCAGAUUCGUCUAAGGUGGCAUGUUACACUUGGGCUGGUGACCUUCUUGUGGUGGGGAUAAUAGCAAAUUAUGCAGCUGUGGCGGCGGACACCUUCAGUUCAGAGCUUGGGAUUCUAUCCUCAACCCAACCACGGCUCAUUACAUCCCCAAGUCUGCGAAAGGUCCCACCGGGUACGAAUGGAGGUGUUACGGUUUGGGGUCUCGUGGCAGGCCUGCUAGGUUCUCUCAUAAUUGUUACCGUUUCAAUGGCUCUGGUGCCAUUCUGUAAUCCUAAAGAAUCUGCGGAUAAUGGAUGGUCCUUUCUACGGCGACAACGUUUUACGUAUGCUUUGACUAUAUGGGGAGCUCUAGGCAGUGUGCUUGAUAGCUUUUUGGGUGGAUGGUUUCAGAUGAGCGUUGUGGACACAAGAACUGGACGUAUUGUGGAAGGACAAGGUGGAAAGAGGGUACUGAUUGAUGCGGGGGAUCCUACUGGUAUGCACCACGAGAAGAGCGCUUCCUCGGAUGCCUCCAAAAAGUCACUCAAAUCAAGUCUUAAGCAUGAUCACCCUAGCCGAAUUGUUGAGAACGGAUAUCUGAAUAUCCUUGAUAAUAACGAGGUCAAUCUUCUCAUGGCGUUAACCAUGAGCUUAGGGGCUAUGGGUAUUGCAAGUUGGGUAUGGAAUAUUCCAUUUUCAAGCAUCUAUACCUUUUAAGGCGCAGUCUUGCACGAUUUAUGAUUAUAAUCAGCUUUCAGUAGCAUAGUAACAUAGCUUCUUAACACAUGAUAUUUACGUAAAGUUUUCACAUUUCACGGCAACU